AUGAUCCAAGUUCCAGAGAUAUCUCCGGACCUCCAGCUGUGGGGAUUCCUCUCUGACUGCGCAGAGGUCACGGAAUCACUUUCCUGGAUGAAAAUGUUUCCAGCGUCUCUCGUAUCUGCAGAUCUGCCAUGGUGGUUGCUGCUCAUCCGCCAGAAAUCGCUCAUCGGCGUCCUUCCCCAGGGCCAUGAGAUCUACAAGAUCACCAAGAUUGCCGUCAUCCCGCUCUCCACCACCGAGCCCGAAGACCUGGAGCUGGAGCUGUGUAAGAAACAUCAUUUUGGCAUCAACAAAGCCGAGAAGAUCGGCCACUCUCCAGACGACUCCAAGUUCCUCCUGAAGACCCUGACGCAGAUCAAAUCCAACGUGUCGGCUCCCAAUAAGAAGAAGGUGAAGGAAAGUAAGGAGAAGGAGAAGCUUGAGCGGAGGCUGCUGGAAGAAUUGUUCAAAAUGUUCAUGGACUCGGACUCCUUCUACUACAGCCGGACCUAUGACCUGACCAACACCGUGCAGAGGCAGAGCGCAAGUGAGAAGAGCGGGCUGCCUCUGUGGCAGAGGGUGGACGAGCGAUUCUUCUGGAACAGACACAUGUUGCGGGAUCUCAUAGACCUCCAGGACCAGCAGGGAGAGUUCUGGAUCCUGCCCGUCAUACAAGGCUUCGUUCAGAUAGAGGAGCUGGUGGUGAACUAUAACGAGUCCUCCGAUGAUGAGAAGAGCAGCCCGGAGACGCCCCCUCAGGAGAACGUGUGUGUGGAUGACUUACACCCCCGAUUCCUGGUGGCUGUCAUCUCCCGAAGGAGCCGACAUCGAGCAGGUAGAUAUGUGGGGUACAAGCGGCGCGGCGUGGAUAAAUCGGGACAUGUGGCGAAUUACGUGGAGACGGAGCAGUUCAUACAUGUGCACAAUCACACGCUUUCCUUCGUACAGACUCGCGGCUCCGUGCCGGUCUUCUGGAGCCAAGUCGGGUAUCGCUAUAAUCCCCGCCCACGCCUAGAUAAAG